GCAGACUUUUCCAGGCAUUGUAGCUUAGAUAUAAGUGGCAACCACUCGGUGAUAUCAACGAACAAGUAUUCCUGAACGCUUGUUGCAGUCAGUUACUCGACUUGUGGUCGGUGUGGCACAAGUUCUUGCAGCCGCCGUCGGAUCUCGCUUGAGGUCGGCUCUUUGAGGUGAGGAAAAGAAGAAACCAAACCAAUGGGUGGAGGGCUGGAGGACCUACUCGCGUCUGUCGGAAGCUUUGGUCCUUUUCAAAAGUGGAUGGUUGGAUUUGUUCUGAUUCCCGUGUCUUUCAUUAUUGCUUAUGUGAACCAUUCUUUGGUCUUCCAACUUGCUGUCCCCGAUUACUGGUGUCAUGUUCCUGGCAGAGCACAAACUUCCUUGUCUUUAGAGCAGUGGAAGAAUCUUACCAUACCAAGAGAGAAUGGAGAAUUGUCAAGAUGUCUUCACUACCAGAUAACGUGGAAAAACGAGAGUGGAGGCAAAUUUACAGUUUCGAACGAAACUGUAGCUUGCAGCCAUGGGUGGGAACACGAUCGAUAUGAGUACCUGGACACUGUGGCCACACUACACGACUGGCUUUGCGAUAAAGAGAAGUUCUCCAGUUACAUGAUGUCCAUGAAUACUAUUGGAAAUGCAGUUGGAACCCUUCUGAUGCCGAUUAUAGCUGACAAAUACCUUGGUCGUCGAGUUGCCUUCUACAUAGCAGUUGGUCUUCAAGCAAUGUUCACAGCCGCUGUCGUCUGGGCUCCGUCUUUUGAAUUUCAUCUGGCCUUCAGAUUCUUAGCGGGUCUGGGCUACCAGUGUAAUUACCUGAUGCCGUUCGUGACUGUCAUGGAAUUCGUAUCCGUAAGUAAAAGAACGCUGGUGGUUUUCUUGUCUUCUGUCGGCUGGACUAUGGGCUACUGUUGUUCUUCCCUUGUGUCCUGGAUUCUUCCCGAUUGGCGUUAUCAAGCUCUUGCGUGUUGCGUGCCUCUGAUUCUGUCUUUUAUGUACAUCUUCUGUUUGCCAGAGUCUCCUCGCUGGUUGAUGAGUCAAGGAAAAUGGGAAGAGUGUGCUGAUGUGCUUAUUAUGGUUGGCCAGAGGAACACACACUCCACUCCCGAACGUGCUGAGCUGGAAAGGAAGAUCGAAUUGCUAAGGAACACGGACCCUGUUGAAAAUUCUAUAUCAAAAAUUAUUAAACAUCCAAAACUUUGCGUCAGAUCCCUUAUGCUCUUUAUCAUUGGGUCUAGCGUGCAUGUCAUCCUAGGCGUUGUUAACUCCUCCAUAACAAUAUACUCGAACGACUACUUGGACAGUGUUCUGAUAUCGCUGGCGGACUUACCGGGCUGUCAUCUGGGAUGCCUUGUUGUCCAUUACUUCGGAAGGAGGUUCACUUUCAUCUCGACAUCGUUGCUUGCUUUCGGCUUCUGCGCGGCGUCACUCUUCGUGUUUAGAGAUGAAUGGAUUCUGCUCAUAGUGAUGGCCUUAAUCAAGCUUUCAGUCAGCAUGACCGUUUUCACACUUCUCGUGUACAGCGCGGAAAUAUUUCCAACACCGAUACGGUCUACAGGAUUCGCUUGGAUUAGUGCCUGCGGUUUCGCAGCAGUGACGGCAUCGCCCUAUAUAAUCGACUCAAACCUUGGAGCAUCGUUCCGAUACUGGGUCAUGCUAACCUUAUCCGGAAUAAGCUUUCUGGCAACUUUAUAUCUUCCUGAAACCAUCGGCCUUCCUCUCCCUCAAAAUUUCCAAGAAGCAGAAGAUGUCAACGUUGGACGACCGCUUAGGUCCUGGAUUCACAAGUGGAAUUAUUUCAAGUACUUGCCGACGUCAGAUCCUGGAGAUGUGUCUCAAGGAUGCCGAUACGAGUUGGAAGCCUUCCAGAGAAGUGGGCGCCAAAAGUGACGGCUGAUUGCUAAUGUAUUUCCAGAGUUCAGUUUCUUCCUCUAUCAUUUUGGAAAUAUCUUUUACGUACAAAUGCAUAUCAUUAUCAUUUUCUAAUGUAAAAUGAAUGAUUAUACUCUGUAUUGUCUAGUACAAUAGAACCCUUAGAAUAUCUAGAUGUGACUUGAUGUCUUCACAUUCAUUCCUCUAAAUGAAUUUCACUGGAUUAAUGACUAGAACUCGACGGUGAUCGGUAAAAAAACGUUUGGGUAUACUACAUAGAGCUGGGCAACAGGCGAAACCCAGGGCAUUUAUGAAUUCACUAUGAAUUCUUAUGGGAUUAUUCAUUUUAGUACAGUACUAUAGUAGAUUCACAUCAACCAAGCAUCUGAUGUGUAGGCCAGUCCCUUAAGACGCUCCUGAUUGGCUGUUGAUAAGCCAAUCACAG